AUGCUCAACCUCAAAAGUCUUCAACGGAAAAUAUCCCAAGCACGACAACUCGAACACGCAAGAUUGCUUCUAGGAUUGAAAGAGAUGGCACUCCGCAGCGAACAGCCUAUCUACGAGUCGUCCAGAGCACGUUGUGAAAGGGAUUUAGUCAAUGAGGUGCAGCUUCUUACCUUUGAUGUGACUCAACAAUACGUUUUGCUUGUGGCAAGUGGUCCUGAUGAAUGGAGGCUUCCGGGAUUUAUUUCUUACGACGUAGGUGACAGCUCGAUAGUGAAGGUGCGCAGCGCUGCCAAGACGGUCAUUGGGAUCGAAUUUCCGUUCAUUAUUCUUCGACAUUGCUACUCUGAGGAGUUGUCCGUUGAAAGGGAAAGUGAUGGUCUUUCAGCUAGUAUGAUCCGCGCUAUUCUUGUUGCUCAGUGCCAUGAGAAAUCUCAACGAGUGCCUUCUGGAUGCAGUUGGGUGGCCAUCACCAAUGAUCACAGAGCGGGUGUUGUCCAUGUGUCGCACUCGGAGAAAGGAGCGGAGCAAGCCAUUCGGCGAGAACUGGAACAGACCAUAGCCAACGUUUCGCCGCCUAGACGAGUGCCUUGGGCGUCUAUGGGAUGGUAUCCUGAAACGCUUCGAAAGGUGCGCGAAAUAUUGCAUGGGCACAAUCUGCAUGUGAUGGGUGAAUUGGUUCAGAUCCGUGCGUCAUCCAGAGGAGCCGUGCUAAGGAUCAAGACGAAUGAGAGCGAUUACUACUUAAAAUGCAGUACAUCCACGUCGAACGAUGCUGGAGUCACGUCAAUAAUGUCUCGCGUUGCUCCAGAUCUUGUCGCCAAGCCGUUAUUCGCAGAUGUGGAACGUCGUCAAAUGAUCCUUGUGGACCACGGUGACGAGACUGGCUUCUGUGGAUUGGAUGGUGAAGGGCGUAAGCAGGUCGUAAGAGAUCUGGCGCGUCUGCACCGCGCAAGCGCAAAAGUGUUGCCCGAUUUGUUGAAGGCCGGUCUACCAUGUUAUUCACCGCUGUGGAUGCGUGAGAACUUGAACUCACUUUUUCAGUGUAAGGAGCUUUUGUCCGUGCUAGAAACGGAACAAAUACAGAAGCUGUCGAGCCUCAAGGUGAAGCUGCAAGAUGAUCUGACGGAACUUGUUGAUUGGGAAAUGCCUAAUUGUUUGAUACACAAUGACACGAGCGACGGGAACCUAAUCAGGAAGAACGCUGAUGAGGGUCCAGGGGUCCGGUUUUUCGACUUUGACAGCUCUUUUGCGGGCCAUCCUUUGUUUGAUGUCGACUGGUGCAACCGGGAAAUCCUAGAGGUCUAUGCACAAGAAAUGGACAUAGCUGACAUUGACGGAUUGCUUAGGUUGAACAGGAAAGUAUUCUUCAAUCUUGGGUGGCUCGUGCAAGCAUAUAGAUACUUGGACAUGGCUAGGGAAGCGGAAGACGGUGCUCCCCGGGAAGACGCCCUUCACUGGCUAGGGCGCAGUGUUCGUACCUUGCUGUGGUGAUCGAAGACGGAAAUGGUGACGACAUAUUUUUGGGCUGAGUUAACGUGUACGACAGUGCAGGCUGGGACGGGGCGCUCUGCAGGUGGCAUCAGCUGUAUGCGCUUCGCAAGGAGUAGGAAGGAAAGUAUGAAAGUUUUGGCGGGAGCAUCAUCGCCAGGAUGACAGUAAAGGAGCCAUGAAAAUCUUCAGUUCGUGUUUUGCAU